AUAAUAGUCAUUCUAAGAAUAUUAGUUAUAUUGAUACUGAAUACGAACUGGAAGACAACAAAGAAAUAGUAUAUGUUACUUAUAAUUUUAGAUCUCAACUAUAUACAAAGAAUAGAAGAAAAGCUAAACAAAAGCAGAUAGAAUCAUAUAAAGAACAGCAAUAUUAG